GAAGGUAGCAAUCACCGGAAUGUUCAGAGAUAAUAAACGGCGUAUAGAUCUGGUCUUGGUUGUUGAAGAUAAGCCAUUGGCAGAAGCUACAGACACCUUAAAGACCGAUUUUCUAACAAAUAUUGUUAAGACAGGCUUACAAGUCGAAGUAGAACCCGGUGUGAUGUCAGCCCAUAAAAACUUAUUAUUUAUGAAAAUUCACGCACCAGAUCACGUAAUAAAAGAUUACGGAGAAAUAUUUGGUGUUAAGAGACAUUUCGUUGAGAAUCAUCUAGAUUCAUUGAACCCCAUAUUGACGUGUAUGAAAAAUACAGAAACGGACUGGAUAAAAUUAAUACGAAAUAAUUACUCAAAAAGUAACGGGUACUCCUAUUUUGAAAGAAGUCUUAUAGUUUACAAGAUUCUGUUACACCUACCUUUUGGUGACCAAGCCAAUCAUUAUGGUAUCAAUCGCUUAUUAGAAAGGAACAUAUUAUUGGACGCUUAUGCACUUCAUGAUGGUCCGUACCAUUUUAUGCCUGACCAAUCUGUUGUUGGAUCAAAUGCGCGACAGAUACUGUAUUACGAAUGGUCAGGAUUUCAAAAUAUAUUUAAAAGUCAACCAUUGCACUUGAUUCAUGAGUAUUUCGGACCGAAAUGCGAAGAAUGGCAUAGAUGUCCGCAUAGAAGAUUAACUCAAUACUGCAAUUCUAUGGACAUUAACAUUCUUUUAGAUCAUCCCUACCUUGGCUACUUUUCCCUUUUCACUGUUUUGUGGGCAUUUACUUUUAUAACCCUUUGGAAACGUAAAGAAUACUUUUUAAAGUGGAUAUGGGAACUCAAUGGAGUAGAUUUAUAUUACAAAAACGCAAACCGAAGUGCGCACUCUGCUCUUCCACUCUGUUUAUGCGAUGGUACAGCCCUCCGACACGACCGAAAGGAAGACAGGACCAACGGCUUUAUGUUUCUUGAUAUGACCACACGAUCAGCGACCUAA